AGCUCUCUCCCAAAACACUCACGACAACCUCCCCUCACCCAAACAAUCUCUCUCGCUGUCGUGUCGACGUCACAAGCCUUCACACUUCCACAUCACCCUCACAUCACCCUGUAUAAAGCGCCUCAACCACCCGGCCUUCACUCUCACGUGCUUGCGCUGCGCUCCUACUGCGAAUUUGGUCGCAUUCCCCCACUGGCACGUGUUUGCUCAAAAUGGACGCCUUGUCCGGCAAGAACUCGACAGGUCGCAGAGUGUCAUUGCUAAACGACGGCCCGGCGCCUCCUCAACUUGUCCGACUUCCCUCCAUCACUCCUUCCCUCCAGUCUAGGACCUCCAGUUACUCCUCCUCCCCCCAACCCUCACCACCCCGCCUCGUCCGCAGCGACUCGUCAGACUCCAACAUGCAGACGCCCUCGCCCAUUACUCCAGACUUUUCCUACGAGCCCGGCAUGGACUCGCCCGUCUUCUCGCAAAAUGGAUUCUUCCACCACCAGAAGGAUCUCGGCUUCCCCAUGCACCACCAGUCUGGCCCUCUCCCCUACCACGCCAACCCCUCGCAGGCAGGCUACUUCAGGCCCGAACAGCUCUCCGAGCAACACCAGGACCCCUCCGCCCUGAACGCGCGACCCAAGAAGAACAGCUAUCCUUGCCCUAUGGCCAAGCAAUUCCAGUGCAACGACUUCUUUACCACCUCGGGCCAUGCUGCCCGCCACGCAAAGAAGCACACUGGCAAGAAGGAUGCUUUCUGCCCCGAGUGCAACAAGGCCUUUACCCGCAAGGACAACAUGGAGCAGCACCGCCGCACUCACCAGAGUGGCCGCAACGCGGCCAAGGGUGGAGACCGCGACGUCAAGAAGGCCAAACACCAGGCAAAGCGACCCAAGCCGGCACCCCUCCAGUCGACGAUGCCUUCCUUGUCAUCGCUUUCCAUGGUUGAUCCGACGCUUCCCCUCAGCCCCUCCGGAUUUUCCAUGGCGCCCGCCGUGCAGUCUACUGAUGCCUUCAUCGACUUCUCUCCCAGCUCCCGGUACCCCGACCCCGCCAACUACAGCUACAACCCCGCCGCCACCCAAUACGGUGGCUUGGACGCACUCGCCAUCGCUGCAAGCGGUGAGAAGCGCAAGUUUGAGUCAUAGUCACUGCAUUAAUACUUCUCUUUCAUGGUUCAUCCGAUCAAAUCCUUGAUCAUUACUUCGGCCUGCUAUACCAUCAGGCCACCGGAUUUCUAGAGCUUGGCGCUUAUGGCUACGACCACGACAUCAUGGAGUCCAAAAGUCCGACGGAACAAUAGACGCAUGCCGUCAUGGCUACGAACGGAACUGGGCGUUUGGGAGUGGUGCGCAUCGUCGCACACUUUUCUUUUCUUUUU